CGAAUGUGCACCUACUUUGACAACUGUCGCACCCAAAUCAAGCCAGCCGUAUCCGGAACUUUGGUAACUCUGGUAAGUAGCUUCCACAGAUCGUAUAAAUAAUACUUCAUAUAUGCAUUGCAUUUGUCUACUGACUCAGUUUAUUCACGAUGUGUACGAGUUUUUGAUGCCGAAUGAUCGUCGCACGGUGAGCAUCAACAUGGACACCAUAAACUCAUACGAGAUUACGCUGAUUCUCAACUCCUUUUCGGCCGAGACGGAUGUGCGCAAUGUGCCCAUCGCCUAUCGCAAGUGCCGAUACAUCGACGAGAACAAUCUCAAGUACUACGCUCCCUAUCAUCCCAGUUUGUGCCGCAUGGAGUGUCGCAUCGAUCGAGCCCUGGCUCURUGUSAUUGCAAACCCUUUUUCUAUGUGGCAGGUCCCAAGGAUCGCAUUUGCAGUGUCARUCAAAUGGUGUGCCUGGCGCGUAAGAAGUGGCUSGAGCAGCCCUGCGAUUGCAUGCCCCUCUGCAAGGAGAUCAGCUUUACUGUUACCGAGAAAAAGGAAAUAGUAAGUUUACAACUUUCGUAUAUUCCCCUCUUAUUCUUAAUUAUUAUUCCAAAGAAUGGCGUUAGUGGCUUUGAGGGCACUAUUGUCCUCACUCAACAACUCCCAAAGAUGGGCAUCAAGCGUCGCGUUGUCUUCAGCAUGGAUCAGCUGCUCAUGUCGAUUGGAGGUGCCAUAGGCCUCUUUCUAGGCGCCAGCUUUAUGACCAUAUAUGGCUUGAGCUAUCUACUCAUGUACUACCUGGUUGUCAAAUGCAAAUAUCGACCAAAGCUCAAGUGGGAUCAGAAUCCUUCCAUCAAAAUUGCCUAAUGAGAUGCGAAAAUACAAAUAAAUAAAAAGUCUCUUAAAGCUUCCUUCCCGAAGUACUACAAACAACUACAGGCAGUGUUUACUUACACUUAGGUUUUGAGGGAUUUCUUCCAUUUUUAUAAAAGACAAAUCCGGUUUUCAAUCAAAGCCUCCCCAGCAUUGAUUG